UAGUGAGGAGACAUGUUCCUUAACUGGUGAAAACCUCUUUAACACUUAAUCCUGAGAGGAAACUGUUCUGUUGCCUUGGACAAUCGGAGACCAAUAAGUUGGAAAUCUACCUUGAGCCAAAUGUUUCCCAUUGCAACUGUGGGAGCGUUUUGGAGAACUCCAGUUUGAUGGAGGGUCCCACCCUUAUGCCUUCUGUUAAAUCGGCUUGCUUUGUAAUAAUCCACAUCACCAUAUGGAUUAUUGUGCCUCAGCUCUGCCACAGUCCAGUGCAAGCCACGUUUGGGACAACCCCCAACAUUAAACACAUUGUCAUAGGAAGAUGCUUCACUUACACCACACUGGUUCAGCCUGGCUUAAGGUAUGACUGUGAGGAGAUCUGGAUGCAGUUUGAGAAGGCGGUUGUCCAGCAGUCCUCUUGUAAUGUGACAGAAGAGCAUUAUUUUGAAAUGUUUAACAUGAUGCCACAAAUCUGGCCAUGUGAUAGUUUCCUUUUUUGGAGUAAAACCAGGAUGUUGAUGCACAGAUAUGCGGCAGUUUUUAGCCAUUUCUGGACACUGGAGGACACAUUGGUUGGUUACCUGUUCAACGACCUCAUCUGGUGUGGUCAGGAGGAAGACUCUGGUUACUUUGAUUUCAACUAUUGUCCAGCAUGGUCAACAUGCAGAACCCAUCCAGUUUACUCCCUGUGGAAGCAGGCCUCGCAAAACUUUGCAGAAAUGGCAUGCGGGAACAUCACUGUGCUGCUGAAUGGGUCUAUUGUUAAUGCGUUCAACAGAAAAAGCAUGUUUGGAAGUGUCGAACUGGACAGCCUGAAUCCUCAGAGGGUGAAUUAUGUCAACAUUAAGGUGGUGACAAAUCUAGAGGGACCACACAUGUUCCGGCAGCGGGUUGAAAUAAAACAAGUUGUUUGGAUCAUUCAAAUAGACUCCUGCAGUCAAGGAUCUAUCAUUGAGCUCAUCCAAAUACUUUGGACACGAGGUUUCCGAUGGACCUGCACAGAAAGUGACCUGACCUUGGUGAUCCUUCAGUGCAUCCAGGACCUAAAUCAGCCCAGAUGCCAGAUGUUGGCAAACAGCCUGUUGCAGCAAAAGGACCUAACAUCCACCUGAAUCAUCCUCUAAAACCAUGUGUUAUACUCUGAUGUUGGUAUUUUAACCUUUAAAAAUACCCCUGCCUAGUAGCUAAAGUAAUUUAAUGGUUAACCUUUUUUGUGCCAGCCUUUUAGUGACAUACACAGCAUUUGAUGUUCAACUAUGACAUUCAUUAUUUAUGGGGUAAUCAAGAUGGCUAAUUUUAUUAGGUCAAUUUCAGAAUUGCUCAGCAAAGUGAACUACUAAUAAGGCAUAUAUUUGGAUAAUUCUGUAUUUUCACAGUAAUUACCUUUGUUCUGUACAUUUGAUCUUUUUGAAAAUAAGGUUUUGAGCUUAAACACACCCAUGCAAACACGGUGCUACUGCUCAACAAAGCAUGUCUGAACAGUUUUUGUUGUUUGACAAUGAUUUCCUGCUUGAAUUGAAACCACAACCCACAACCCAAACUGUCUUCAGAUGAGUUAUGUGAGAAAAAAGCAGUUUAAUCUUUCAUCCUUGAGAAAUAUGUUCCCUGGAAUUGGGAGACUUUUCUUUUGAGAAAUAUGUUCCCUGGAAUCGGGAGACUUUUCUUUUGAUUUGCCUGAUUGCUCACUCAAACAAUUACCAACAUGUUUUUUAAUCAAAGAGUCUUUAAGACCAUGGUAUUAUCCAUUCAUAUUUUCACUAAUGUAGAAAUGCAGUAAAUACAUUGCUAAAAAUGUCGACAUGAUAUAGCUUUCUUUGCAAUAAGAAGGAACAUGCCUAAUGCUUUUAUUAACAUUGGUGUAGUAAUUGGAUAGUUUCUAUUACAUGUUCUGAAGAGGAUAGUUUUUACAUUAGGUUAUUAUUGUACAGAGUUUACUUUGGGACUUAGUGUAAGUUAAAUCUUUGACUGGCUUCAAGUUAACAAUAAAAAGAGCUGCUGUCUUUAA